ACGUGGGGCUGAUAGACUCAGGCUGUUAGGGUUCGGGGUGCCGAUGAGGAGCGGGAGGCGGGGAAUGAGGGGGCUGUGGCUCCUGGCGGUGGCCCUCGUGUGCUGCUGGUGGCCGCGGGGCAGCCAGGGCAAGACCCUGCGGGGCAGCUUCAGCAGCGCCGCUGCCCGAGACGCUCCGGGCCAGAGCAUCGGCCACUUCGAGUUCCACGGUGACCAUGCUCUUCUAUGUGUCCGAAUCAACAACAAAGCAGUCGCUACUGAAAAAGAAGCUAAACUCUACCUGUUCCAAGCCCAGGAAUGGCUAAAGCUGCAGGAAAACAAUGAUGCUUAUAGUUGUAGUGAAAAAUUAUCCAGAGCUCAGCUGACAAUGACAGUGAACCAGACUGAACACAAUCUGACAGUGUCCCAGAUUCCAUCCCCACAAAUGUGGCAUGUAUUUUAUGCAGACAAGUACACAUGCAAGGAUGACAUGGAGACUUCUCAGGUGGAAGAUAUCCUAUUUGAAAUGGUGUUGCUAAACCCAGACGCCGAAGGGAAUCCAUUGGACCAUUUUAGUGCUAGAGAAUCUGGGUUACAUGAGUUCUUUUUCCUCCUAGUCCUAGUGUACUUUGUGAUUGCUUGCAUUUAUGCUCAAUCAUUGUGGCAGGCUAUUAAGAAAGGAGGACCCAUGCACAUGAUUUUAAAGGUUCUGACAACUGCAUUGCUGUUACAAGCUGGUUCAGCUUUAGCUAAUUACAUUCAUUUCUCCAGGUACUCCGGAGAUGGAAUAGGGGUACCUUUUAUGGGAAGUUUGGCAGAAUUUUUUGAUAUUGCUUCCCAAAUCCAGAUGUUAUAUCUACUCCUGAGCCUGUGCAUGGGGUGGACCAUAGUUAGAAUGAAAAAGUCCCAAAGCAGACCUCUCCAGUGGGACUCCACGCCUACAUCCACCAGCAUUGCAGUGUUCAUUGUCAUAACCCAGAGUAUUUUGCUACUUUGGGAGCAGUUUGAAGAUACCAGUCAUCAUAGCUCCCAUUCACACCACAACCUAGCAGGGAUCCUUCUAAUCGUUUUAAGAAUUUGCCUGGCACUGUCAUUAGGCUUUGGACUCUAUCAGAUCAUCACAGUGGAGAGAAGCACCCUCAAAAGGGAGUUCUACAUCACAUUCGCCAAAGGCUGUAUCUUAUGGUUUUUAUGCCACCCAGGUCUAGCAUGCAUUUCUGUCAUUUUUAGUGACUACCAAAGAGAUAAGGUUAUUACAGUAGGAGUUAUCCUUUGCCAGUCUGCGUCCAUGGUUAUUCUCUACAGACUCUUCUUAUCCCACAGCCUAUACUGGGAAGUUUCUUCGCUUUCCUCAGUAACCCUGCCACUGACCAUAUCAUCUGUACACAAAAGUCGACCUCACUUCUGAUACUUGGCUGUCGUUGAAAGAAAAAGUGAAUUGGUUAAAAGAGUGCAAUAAGGAUCCAAACACAGUGACUCUUUUUUCAUACAUUUGGUAUGAAAAACCCACUAGUAAAAGUAAAGCAUGUUACUUAUGUAACUGCAUUUAAGCAGUACCAAAACUUAGAAAAGAUAGUAAAUGAAAUGUUUUGAAAUAUACUUACACAAUAAACUUUUAAGAAGGAAUGGUGUUAUAAGGAGAUUGACAGAUUUUCCAUAUGGAAAUAAAUUGAAAAAGAGUUACAUGACACUUUGGUGGGAUGUUCACUACUUAUUAUGCCUCAUAUCCAUAGCUAACUCAGGUUUGAUAGUCUUAAAAAGUAAUCAGUUAAAUGAUUACUUGCUUAUA